AUGUCUGGUUAUCCUCCAUCGAGCCAAGGUUACGGUUACGGCGGUAAUCCACCACCUCCUCAGCCGUACGGUUCCUCCGGCGCCAAUCCUCCACCGUACGGAUCAUCCGGCGCACCAUACGCUGCUCCGUACGGUGCGCAGCCUCCACCGUCUUCUGCUCCUUACGGUGCACCACCGUCCGCUCCGUACGCAGCUCCUCCAGGAGAUCAUAAGCCACAUAAAGACAAACCUCAGGGCGCUUACGCAUCUCCCGGUGGGUACGGUGCUCCUCCGUCGUCAGGAGAUUACGGUGGUUACGGAUCGCAGCCGGGGCAUGGAGGUUACGGAGCUCCUCCUCCGCAGGCGGCUUAUGGAAGCCCAUUUGCGUCUCUGGUUCCGUCGGCGUUUCCUCCCGGAACGGAUCCGAACAUCGUGGGCUGCUUCCAGGCCGCGGAUCGGGACGGUAGCGGCUUCAUCGACGAUAAGGAGCUUCAAGGGGCUCUCUCUUCGUAUCACCAGAGUUUCAGCUUAAGAACUGUUCAUCUCCUCAUGUAUCUCUUCACCAACAGCAACGUCAGGAAGAUCGGACCAAAAGAGUUUACUUCACUUUUCUACAGUCUUCAGAGUUGGAGGUCCAUCUUUGAGAGGUUUGAUAAGGACAGGAGCGGCAAAAUCGAUACAAACGAGCUGAGAGAUGCACUAUUGAGCCUUGGGUUUUCGGUGUCUCCUGUGGUUUUGGAUCUGCUCGUUUCUAAGUUUGACAAAAGCGGAGGCAGGAACAGGGCUAUUGAAUAUGACAAUUUCAUCGAGUGCUGUUUGACUGUAAAGGGGCUGACUGAGAAAUUCAAGGAGAAGGAUACGGCGUUAUCAGGCUCAGCUACUUUCAAUUACGAGAACUUCAUGCUCACUGUUCUUCCAUUCCUCGUCGCUUGA